GAAGAUGACCUUCGCACAGCCCUGCGAGAGACCCAGGAAGAGGCUGGGCUGACCUCCGCCCAGUUCACCCUCCUGGAAGGCUUUAAGAAGGAACUGAAUUACGUCGUCAGAGGCAAACCCAAAACGGUGGUCUACUGGCUGGCCGAGCUGAAGGACCAGGACACGGAGGUCAAGCUUUCUUCAGAGCACCAGGCCUUCCGCUGGCUGACCCUCACUGAGGCCUGCAGACUUGCCGAGUACGAGGACAUGCAAGGCACCCUCCGAGAGGCUCAUCUCUUCCUCUCUGCCAAAGAAUAAACUUCCUCCCGCGGGAAUAUUUGGGGAGAUGUUUCACUGCUGUUCUUUCAAGUCUUAUGAGCAACAUUUCUCAACUUCGGCCCCUUAAAGGUGUGUGGACUUCAGCGCCCAGAAUUCCGAGUUUGGUUGUUUCCUUGCAGACGUUUCACCAUCCAACUAGGUAACAUCAUCAGUGCUAAGGAGGUUGAGGUUUGCUCCCAGCUUAUGCAGGAUAAGCUCCUGUGUAUAAAUAGAGAGCAAACCCUUCUUCCUUGUAGCGUUGAUGAUGUUCCCUACUUGGGUCACGAGACGCCUGCAAGAAAACAAGGAGGGCCAGAAAACACCAAGGACCCUACAAUCUUUCCUCCUCCAACCUCUCUUCCUUCUAGCACUGAUGAUGUUCCCUAGUUGGGUCGUGAAACGUCUGCAAGAAAGCAACCAAGCUCAGAGGGCACUAAGGACCCCCACAGUCCUUUUCUUCCUCCUCUAUGAAAACCCCCACUCCCUUUAGCCCUGAUAAUGUUCCCUAGUUGGGUCGUGAAACGUCUGCAAGAAAACCAGCAAGCUCAGAGGGGACUAAGGACCCAUAGUCCUUUUCUUCCUCCUCCUGCACUUCAAGCCCUGAUAAUGUUCUCUAGUUGGGCCAUGAAACAUCUGCAUGAAAACAACCAAUUUCAGAGAGCACCAAACACUCCACAUUUUCCUCCUCCUCUCCACAACCCCCUCUUCCUUCCACCACUGCUGAUGAGGUUCCCUAGUUGGGUCGUGAAACGUCUGCAGGAAAAAAAAACAAGCUCAGAGGGUACCAAAGACCCCUCAAUCCCCCUCCAGCCCCUCUGCCUGUUAGCCCUGAUGAUGAUGUUUCCUAGUUGGGUCACAUCUCCAAGAAAACAACCAGGCUCCCAGAGCAUCAAGGAGCCCACAUUCUGGGAGUUAGUGCAUACCUCCGGAAGGUGCCACGUGGAGGAAGGCCUACCCAGAAAUGGACUUUCUGAGUUCACCCCAAAAAGCUCUUACAGGUGAACUCUGAUUCUUGCUCUGUCCAUUUGCUAGGACCUCUGGGUGAGGUCCUAGGCAGAAGGUCCCUCAAAGGACCUGCCUCCUGUGGUAGAAGCUCCAGGAUAAGCUGGGAUCAAUGACAGGAGAUGAUGCCACGUCUCUCUUCUGUUGUGGCCCAGCAGGAGCCGUUGGAGCUGCCACCA